CCACUUCAGUGUUUUAUUGUCUGUAAACAAACCCUCUGAGGCAGACUGGUUUAAAAACAGAACCGGAAAUGGACCGGUGCUGUAAAGAAGCUCCUCUGUUUACAUUCGGUGUGAUCGCUGACAUCCAGUACGCUGACCUGGACGACGGCUACGACUACAGCAGAACCAGGAAGCGGUACUACCGGACCAGCCUGCAGCUGCUGAAGAAAGCCCAGAAAAGUUGGUCCGAGUCGGACUGGAAACCGGACUUCAUCGUCCAGCUGGGGGACAUCAUCGACGGCUUCAACGCGGCUCACGGUGCCUCGGAACGGGCCCUGGAGACGGUGCUGGCCGAGUUCAGCUCCGGUUCCGGUCCAGUCCACCAUGUGUGGGGAAACCACGAGUUUUAUAACUUCAGCAGGAGCGCGCUGAUGC